AUGAAUAGGAACAGAAGCAUUCAAUAUGUAAAUUCGUCCACUAUCCAUCUACCAAUUCAUCUACCAAUUCAUCUACCAAUUCAUCUACCAAUUCAUCUACCAAUUCAUCUACCAAUUCAUCUACCAAUUCAUCCACCAUUUCAUCUACCAAUUCAUCUACCAAUCCAUCUACCAAUUCAUCUACCAAUUCAUCUACCAAUAUAUCUACCAAUUCAUCUACCAAUUCAUCUACCAAUUCAUCUACAAAUUCAUCUACCAAUUCAUCUACCAAUUCAUCUAUCAAUUCAUCUAUCAAUUCAUCUAGCAAUACAUCUACCAAUUCAUCUACCAAUUCAACUACUAAUUCAUCUACCAAUUCAUCUACCAAUUCAUCCACCAAUUCAUCUACCAAUUCUUCUACCAAUUCAUCUACCAAUUCAACUACUAAUUCAUCUACCAAUUCAUCUACCAAUUCAUCUACCAAUUCAUCCACCAAUUCAUCUAUCAAUUCAUCUGCCAAUUCAUCUACCAAUUCAUCUACCAAUUCAGCUACCAAUUCAUCUACCAAUUCAUCUACCAAUUCAUCUAUAA